UAACAUUAUUUUUUCAAAAAUUUUGUAUAAAAAGUGUAAUAAAUAAAUAUUAAAAUAUAUUUUAACUAAAUAAAAAAAGAUGUCGUCAUCAUUCUUUUUGAAAAAAGAAGCGAAAAACAGUAAAAAACGAAAGUUUCAAGUUGGACAAUCUUCAGGUGCUGGCGCCAAAGGUAAAAAUAAAGUAAAAUCCAAUGAUCCUCCCGCUAAGAAAAGACCCCAAAAAGACGAUGAAGAAAUUGCUAGUGAUGAUGAAUACGAAAGUGGUUUAGAGGGAGCACCCAAUUUAGUGUUUUCUUCCGAUGAAGCAGAGGAAGAAACUCCUCAAGAUAAAAGACUUCGUUUAGCUAAACAAUACCUGGAAGAAAUUCAAAAACAAGAAGCUGACAAAGAUGAAGAAAGAGAACUUCAUGAUCAGGUUUCACACAGACUGCAAACAGAAUAUUUAGACAGUGUUGGCAAGCUUCGCAGAAAUAUUGCGGCGUCCAUAGAAAGUUACGAUUCAGAAAAUCUUGUUAAAUUGAAACAUAAAAAGCAACAUUUGCCUAUGUGUUCUCUGGCUCUAUCCUCAGAUGGCGAAUAUUUAUUUACGGGAGCCAAAACUCAAUUCGUUUUAAAGUGGAAUUUAAAAACUAGUCGUAUUGAGGGAUCAUUCGAUGUACAGGCACACAAUGAAGAUGCAAAUGUGGACAUUAAGCGAAGAUCACACGUUAUAGCUAUGUGUCUGUCAAGUGAUUUUCGUUUCCUAGCAUUAGCUGAAGGUGGCAAAACUAUACAAAUUUGGUGCCCCAAAGAAAUGAAACAUUUGAAAACCUUUCAAGGCCAUCGAGAUGUUGUGACUUCUUUGGUGUUUCGUAAAGACUCCCAUGAACUAUAUUCCGCAUCCCGGGACAGAUCUGUUAAGAUUUGGUCAUUAGAUGAAAUGGCAUACAUAGAAACACUGUUUGGCCACCAGGCUGGUAUUACCGGUAUAGAUGCAUUAUCCCGUGAACGUGCUAUAACCUCAGGCGGUUCUGAUUGUACUCUAAGAAUUUGGAAGAUUACCGAAGAGUCUCAAUUGAUUUACAAUGGACAUCAUGGCAGCAUAGAAAAUGUUAGAUUCAUCAAUGAUGAAAACUUUAUAUCUUCGGGUGUUGAUGGAUCAUUGGGACUGUGGACAGCGUUAAAGAAAAAACCACUGUAUACUGAAAACCUAACACAUGGUGUACAAUCUAAUGGAGAACCAAAUUGGAUCACAGCUAUUGCGUGUGUUGUUAAUACUGACUUAAUAGCUUCUGGUUCAUUUGAUGGAUUUAUUCGACUAUGGCAGUGCGCGGAAAAUAACCGCAAAUUGAAAUUAGUUUUAAAAAUACCCGUAGAAGGUUUUGUGAAUAGUUUAGUUUUUAAUUCAAAUGGAACCAAACUUUAUGCCGCAGUUGGCCAAGAGCAUAAAUGGGGUCGCUGGUGGCGUCAACCUCAAGCUAAAAAUCACAUUAUUGUUAUCGAUUUAAUAAGAUCAACUACGUCAAAUGAAAACAAAGGAAAAAGUAAAUGAUAGUAAUUUUGUAGAACUUUUUUACAAAUCUACGUUUUAAAGAAAAAGCCAGAGUUUUAUUAAGCAUAAGGUUAGUGUUGCUCACCAAAGCAUAAAUAUCUGUUGUAACAAUUACUUAAAAAAUAAUAAAAGAAAAAACACUUAAUAUUCAUAAAUUGUAUGAAUAUGUGCUAGAAAAUAUUACUAUGUACAUUAUACCUAUGCUGGGUACAUAAAAUCUAAACUCUUCCAACCUCAACUGCUUUAAAACUUUAACUUUUAAAGUGUCAAGUUCGUUUCCUAUAAAAUGAAAUACCUACCUAUGUUUUAGAACC